AUGUGGUGUUGCGUGAUCAAGAUGAGCAGCUUCCUGACUUACACCGCUGUAGUGCUUGCCGCCUCACCGGGUUUGGCGGCCGGUGUCUCGGGCGGCAUCGGGCGCCUGCCGGCCAUGGGGUGGAAUUCGUGGAAUGAGGGAGACAUUCUUCCUCGCUGGGCUGGCAGGGCUGGUUUUUCAUGGGGAAUCAUGCCUAUCGUCAACCAGGCGGCGAGGCACUGGGAGGAUUCGUGUUUCUGGGGCCACAAUGACUGGGACAUGCUGGAGGUGGGCAACGGGGAUCUCACGUUUGAGGAGAACCGGAGCCACUUCGCGCUCUGGGCGGCGCUGAAGAGCCCGCUCAUCAUCGGGACGCCGCUCAAGGGCAUCGACAAGAAGGUGCUGGGGAUUCUCACCAACAAGGAGCUCAUUGAUUUCAACCAAGAUACGCACUACUCAGACUCGGCGCGGCCGUUCGGCUUGGAGGGGCCGGUUCCGCCUACGGUGGACGACACGGCCCAUCCGCCCAGUCACUGGGUGGGCAUCUCGGUCAAGGGCAUCCAUGUCUUCUUGUUGAACACGGAUGCGGAGGAGGCCGUCCUGGCGGUCGAGUUUGACAAGACGCCCGGGCUCAAUAAGCAGCGGGUCUACCUGGUGCACGAUAUGUGGACAGGGGAGGACCUGGGAGUCUUUCUGGACGGCUUUGCUAUGAGCGUCAAGGCUCACGAUACUGCUGCGUUGCGGUUUACAACCCCCCAAGGGAAUCAUCCAAAUGCGAACUGGGCACCUGGGAAAUCUGAGCGGUCUGAGGGUCGUGAUUAA